AUAAUGUGAAAACAGAUGGCGCGAAUAGAUGGUUGUCAUUUUGUUCUAAGGAAAUAAAAUGGCGCGAAUCGUUAAAUAAAUUAGAAUAGAAUCUCUUUGUUUGCCACUUCUUCACUCAGUCCUUUCUGUAGGAACGAAAGAGACGCCAUGGUCGGCCGGAAAAAGAGAGCGCCAGAGAUCGAUGCAAAUAAGAUUAUGCCCCAACCCUCCCUACUCUCAGGACCUUCAGAUGCUUCUGGGUAUGAGCAGUCCAGGGAUCUCAGAAUCAAAGAGAACAAGGAGAGAAUGAACAAGUUUGGCAUUCUUCAUCUUUCUCAGAAGCUUAAGUCUGAAAUCGCCCCAAGAAAGCGUCUUUCCAGGCACCCUUCUGAGACCAGGAAAACACAAACUCUUCCCUCUUCGUCUGGGUCGCCCAGGCGUUCAUCCAGGUUGAAAACUUUGGACAAGGUUAGUUACGUGGAGCUUCGUCCUAAACGAACGAAAGGCUCAUCGGAGAGUGAUGAGAUUCGCAUAAGAGAUGGCUUGAACCCAGAGAUUUACACAGAAGAGCAUGAGAAGCUUUUGGGGGAUUGCAAGAACACUUGGACACUGCUUGUUGAUGGAUAUGGAGAAGAUGGAAAACGCAUAUAUGAUGAAGUUAAUGGAGAAACAUGCCAUCAAUGCAGGCAGAAAACUCUUGGUCAUCAUACCCAUUGCAGCAAAUGCAACUUGGUCCAGGGACAAUUUUGUGGAGACUGCUUAUACAGUAGGUAUGGAGAAAACGUCACUGAAACCAAAGAGAAUCCUAGCUGGAUUUGUCCUGUGUGUCGAGAUAUCUGCAACUGCAGUUUAUGCCGCAAGGCGAAAGGGUGGAUGCCUACUGGUCAACUCACUAGAAAGGUUUUCAGGCUGGGCUACAAAUCUGUAGCACAUUAUCUCAUUCAAACCUUCCGUUCUCAAACAAAAACAGAAAACUCGUGUCAAAAGGAAGCAUCUCAUGAAAGAAAUGUAUCACUGACAUUUCAACCUGAAAACUCAUCACACGAUGAUCCGGAUGUUGAUGAUGAAGGUCAAAAGGAUGUUGAGGAUGCAACUGAAAAAGAUGGUAUGUAAGAGAAGGAUGUCAUGGAUAAAGAGGAUUUUGAUGAAAACAAGCUGUAAACUGCCUCAGGUUUUGGGAUGAAAUUGCAUUCCCUGCAAACUAUUUUUGAAUCUGCUGCUAAAGCAGAUUAUAUAUAUUAUAUAUAGCGAGUAAAGCGCGUAGUAAUUUUAGACAUCAUACAGAGUUUGCAGGGAUAAUUCAUUUACUAAAAUGUUUACUGUCUAGUUGGGAGCUGCAGCUAUCUUCAAUCAUUUUGUUAUAGUGAUACAGAUAAUCAUCUUAUUCACAGGUAUAUAUGCCAAUGGUUUCUCUUGUAUAUGUGAUUGUGGGUAAUUUUCAUUUCCUCUAAAACUGUUCUGUUUUGCAUUUUGUUGAAACAGUUGUAGUUUGAAGAUUGAAGAAAUGAGUGAGUGAGAAGUGGCUUAACUCUAUUUUUCAUUUUAAUUUUCAAAUUACUUGUACAGUUUAUGUC